AUGUUCGACAUAAAGAUUCCAGAUUUUGUUACGGACGAAAAUCAUCCUGUUGGAUACCUUGUGAAUGGAAUUCAAAACUUUGUUAGCGAUAGCGUGAGAUUAAUAAGAAAGUGUACCAAACCAAACAAGAAGGAAUAUACAAAUAUUGUCUAUGCAUGUUCAUUUGGAUUUCUUAUAAUGGGCUUUAUUGGAUAUACCAUCAAGCUUGUUUUUAUACCAAUUAAUAACAUAUUCGUUGGUUCUUAUUGA